AUGGAACCAGGCAACGCCACGCACAUUUCAGAAUUCCUCCUGCAGGGGUUUCUCCUGGGGGCAGACCUGCAGCCCCUCCUCUUCGGUGUCUUCCUGUCCAUGUACCUGAUCACGGUCCUGGGGAACCUGCUCAUCAUCCUGGCCAUCCUCUGGGACCCCCGCCUCCACACGCCCAUGUACUUCUUCCUCUGCAACCUGUCCCUGGUGGACAUGUGCUCCAUCUCUGCCACCGUCCCCAAGACGCUGGCCAACAUCCAGACCCAGCGGCGAGCCAUCACGUUUGCCGGCUGCCUCACCCAGAUGUAUUUUGUCGUCUUUUUUUCUGGGCUGGACAAUUUUAUCCUGACCGUCAUGGCCUACGACCGCUUCGUGGCCAUCUGCCACCCUCUGCACUAUGCGGUCAUCAUGAACCCCCGGCUCUGUGGUCAGCUGGUUCUGGGCUCCUGGACCCUCAGCGCCCUGCACGCGUUGCUCCAGAUAUGCAUGGUCUUGCAACUGUCCUAUGGCGCCCACGUGGACAUCCCCCAUUUCUUCUGCGAACUGUACCAGGUGGUCCGGCUGGCCUGCUCCGACACCUUUUGGAACGUCUUGGUGAUGUACGUCGCUGUGGCCCUGCUGGGCGUGGGCCCCUUGGCCGGGAUUCUCUUCUCCUACGCUAAGAUCGUCUCCGCCCUCCGACGCAUGGCGUCAGCCCAGGGCAAGUCUAAAGCCUUUUCCACCUGUGCCUCUCACCUCUCCGUGGUCUCUCUGUUCUACAGCACCAUCCUGGGUGUCUACCUCAGCGCCGCCACCCCACACGGCUCGCAGUCGAGUUCCACGGCGUCCGUGAUGUACGCUGUGGUCACACCCAUGCUGAACCCCUUCAUCUACAGUCUGAGGAACAAGGACAUAAAGAGGGCCCUGAGCAGAUUCCUGGCGAUGAGCUCCGCGCUGAAAGAUAGCCGCUGA